AUGGCGGAUAAUAAUAACAUAUUGAGAAACUCAGCAACUGGAUUGCUAAUGGAAAGAAGGCGUCAGGAACAGGAACAACUUGACUCGCAGAACAAUACUCCACAGCCAAAGUCUCCCUUGGGCAAGUUCAACCAGAUAUCAUUGAAUGACUUGUCCAACCCUCCAACUGAUGAGGAGUUGAAGAACUACAAGGACUUGCCAUCCAAUGUCCUUCCUCCAAUCCAUAAGCGUGAGAUCCAGAAGAGGAUCUUUGUCAAUCGUGAUCUAAAACUCGAUAGGAUAGAGUUCUUUGGAUUCGACAUGGACUACACUAUUGCCGUUUACAACUCACCUGACUUUGAACAAUUGACCUAUGACAUGGUCAUUGAGAGAUUGGUCGAGCUCGGAUACCCAUCAACGAUUAAGAAGCUUAGAUACGACCCUUUGUUCCCAAUUAGAGGCCUGUUCAUUGACAAAGAACUUGGUAACCUGCUAAAGAUUGACAGUUUUGGUAACAUUGUACUAUGUCUUCAUGGAAAGAGGACCUUGACCUACAAGGAGAUGGUCGAUCUCUACCCUAGCAUGAGAGUGCAUGGCGAGUAUGACUUUGGAAAGAGGUUUUACUUGUUGAACACACUGUUCACACUUCCCGAGGCCUGUCUGUACAGUGAUCUGAUCGAUCAUCUGGAGAAGGAAAGCGGGCUCAAGUUGACUGAGGAGCUGGCCGAUGAGCAACAACAGCAGAAUUCCCCAUCUCUGGCAUCCUUCCAUCACAAGGCAGCAGCGGCAGCGGCGGCGGCAGCAACAGAGUCAAAGAGUAAUGAGCAUCAGGUGCCAGUUGGCGACCUGUCCUUCUCUAACUUGUUCCAGGAUGUCCGCGAGGCUAUGGAUCUCGUUCAUAAUGGAGGCAGUCUGAAAGCCAAGGUGUUGGAAGACAUGCCCAGGUACAUCAAGAAGACCAACGCACACGUACUCUUUGAUCGCAUGAGACAGAAUGGCAACAAAGUGUUCCUGCUCACCAACAGUGAGUUCUACUACACAAACCAAGUGAUGUCCUACCUCUUGAACGGUACCAAUCCCAACUACAAGUGUUGGAGAGAUUUCUUUGACUGGAUCAUUGUUGGAGCUGACAAACCAAGGUUCUUUGCAGAGGGCACCACCAUCAGAGAGGUAGACAUCAACACAGGUAACUUGAUGAUCACAAAUGUCAAGGACAGGUUCGAGCCUGGCAAGGUGUAUCAUGGAGGAUCAUUGUCAUUGCUUCAGAAGCUCAUUGGUGCCAAGGGCAACCGUGUACUCUACACUGGUGAUCACAUCUUUGCGGACAUCAUCAAGUCCAAGAAGUCUCAUGGCUGGAGGAAUCUACUCGUAGUCCCAGAGCUCCAACAUGAGUUGGAAGUGUUGAAUGAGGAGCAACAUACUAUUAUCCAUUUACUUAAUCUUGAGUUCAUCAGAGCAGAGAUAUAUCGUGGAUUGGACUCGGAGAGUACGACACCUCCUGAUAUAACGGUGUUGCGUCAGCACAUCAAGGAAGCGACGAGCAAGUUGAACGAAUCGUACAAUAAGUACUUUGGCAGUUUGUUCAAGACUGGAUCGCACCCGACCUUCUUCUCAAUGCAGGUCUGCAGAUAUGCUGACCUCUACACCAGCGACUAUCUCAACCUCUUGAACUACCCACUGUUCUACAACUUUAGCGCCAAGGUCAACACAAUGCCACAUGAGAAUCUGGCUGGUGCAUCAAUUGACAAGAUGUCCAACUAG